AUGGUCGACGGUGAUGAAGCCGCCGCUGCACACGGCAUCGUUCUCAUGGCAGCCAGACAUGACAAUCUUCGUGUCGGGGCACUGGGCGACAGCUUGGUUGAUGAAUCGGGUCUUACGCAGGACUGGUUAGCUUUUUUAUUUCCUCCGCAGGGAGCUGGUGGAGACAUUCUAAAGAAGGGAUGUAAGACAACAGCUGUUCACGACUCAAGGCCAUCUUGGUGGUCGGGCUACGCACAUGCUUGGGACACCCUCCGUGGCGUUCUUGUUAAACCCGGCGAAAGUGGCCGGACACUCUACGCCCUGGAUGGCGACCGAUUUGCCUCUAAUUUGUUCCUUGAGCGCAUCGAAGAACGGCGGUCCCGUGAGGAGGCCGAUGUUGCCGAGCUCGGUUGCUGCCCGAGCAAACACCACAGUGAGGUCGGCGCACGCGACGUUUCGCGCGAGGUCGUCUCUGGUCGUGUUACCGACUGGGCCAAUCCCUCCUGGAUGGGGGUCAACAGCUUACCCUCGCCGUCGAGUGCCACCGCGCCGGCUCCAGUGGACUGA